AUGGGGGUGUUGAUGUCCAAACGGCAGACAGUAGAGCAGGUACAAAAGGUGAGCCUGGCUGUGUCUGCCUUCAAGGAUGGGCUGCGGGACAGGCCUUCCAUUCGGCGCACGGGUGAGCUAUCAGGGUCCCACCGUGGCACAAUGGAAGGCUCUGUCCAGGAGGUACAGGAGGAGAAAGAAGCAGAGGCAGGCACUCCAUUGGUCCAGGAAGAGAGCAGUGUCAAGCGUGCAGCCUGGGAGCGGCUCAGAGAUGGGCGUGGAGUAGAGCCUGAAGAGUUUGAUAGGACCAGUCGAUUCACACCUCCUGCUUUUAUCCGCCCCACCCGGAAGCUGGAUGAUGACAAGCCUGCAGACAUCGUCUUGGAGCCCAGAGAGCCUGUUGUCAAUGAUGAAAUGUGUGAUAUCUGCGAGGUCUGGACAGCUGAGAGCCUCUUUUCAUGCAGAGUCUGCACCAGAGUUUUCCAUGAUGGCUGCCUACGCCGCAUGGGCUAUAUCAAAGGAGACCGUGCAGCGGAGGUGAUGGAGAUGGCUCACACCGAAACAGGCUGGAGCUGCUACUAUUGUGACAAUCUCAACUUGCUGCUUACUGAGGAGGAAAUGUACAGCCUCACAGAGACCUUUCAUCAGUGUAAAGUCAUCCCUGAUUGCUCCCUGAUGCUGGAGGACUUUCUGCGCUACCGCCAUCAAGCAGCAAAGCGGGGGGACAGUAACAGGGCCCUGAGUGAUGAGCAAGAGGAGCAGGCAGCCCGCCAGUUUGCAGCUCUGGACCCUGAACAUCGAGGCCACAUAGAGUGGUCUGACUUCUUGUGCCAUGAGUCCCUCCUACUUCUGCAGCGAUUGCGUCCCCAGAAUUCUCUGUUAAGGCUUCUGACAGUCAAGGAGCGGGAACGAGCCCGUGCCACCUUCCUGGCACAGAGCCGUGGAAAUGCCAUCAGUGAGGCAGAAUGCCGCCGCGCCCAGCACUCUUGGUUCUGCAAACGUCCCACAAAAGCUCCUUCUUGCACUGUCAGCAUCAGCCAUGUGGGCCCCAUAGCAGAUAGCAGCCCAGCCAGCAGCAGUAAGAAUCAAGAUAAGGUCAUGCUGCCUGCAGAACAGGAGUCCAGGUCUGUGGACUGGCCCACCUUCCUGAGAGAGAAUGUCAUCUAUAUCUUAGCUGCUCGCCCCAACAGCGCAGCCAUUCACCUGAAACCCCCAGGAUAG